AUGUCAUCAUUUAUCUUAAAAUGGAUCACAAAUCGUCUUAUCAAAGAUAAUCAAUGGAAUAAAUUUGGAGUAGAAGACCCUUAUUAUGAAUAUGUGGUAACAAAUAUUAAUAGGAAAGGUGAAAAGAAAUAUAAAAAGGUUGAGAGAAAAAUACCACAAGGAAUUGAUGAACACGAUAUCAAAAUCUUGAAAUUAUUUAAAAAAAGAGCUUAUCGUUAUGAUUAUUGGUUUUCAAUAUUUGGAGUUCAAUUUGGUUGGACUAAUUUAGUUAGUAUAGUACCUAUUUUUGGAACUAUAGUUCAAACUUUUUGGUCAUUACAACUAUUGUACUUAGCAAAACAAAUUACUGAUGGUUUACCAUUGGAUUUACAAUUACUAUUCUUGCUAAAUAUUGCAAUUGAUUUUGGAUUAGGAUUAAUUCCUAUAGUUGGAAGCAUUAUUGAAAUUGGUUAUAAAGCAAAUUCAAGAAAUUAUUUAUUACUUGAAAAACAUUUAACAAGAGUUGGAGAAAAGAACAUGGGUAUUAUCAGUAAGGAAGAAGUAAGACCUGGUUACAUAAAUGAUACUGUACAACCAUAUAUUGAUGACAAAGUGAAACCAUAUAUUGAUGAUAAAGUAAUACCUUACAUUGAUGAAACAAUAAAACCAAAUGCAAUAAAAGCUGGUGAGCAAAUAUUAGAUCUUUUACAUCGUAAACCAAGAAGCACAAGUACUUCUUCAGAAGCUUCAACAGCAAAUUCAAGCAGUGCCUACACCACUCAAACAAGCAACACAACUGCAGUAUAUACCACAUCAAACCCAAGGGUUUCCUCAGGUACAAAUGAAAAAUUCAAAAAUGAUGACGCAACCAUUACAAAUGAAAGUGGAAAUGGAAGUCUUAAUAGUAAGGAUGAUAGUAAAUCAAUCAGAAUUAUUCAAUUGCAAAAUUUCGAUCUAAAGUCUUUAAAAAUCAAAUCAAUUGCAUCAAUAUCACCAUCUAAUAUACUUUAUGUUCAAUUUAUUACAGAAAUACCUUAUGUAAUGAUUCAUGAAGAGGAAAAUGGCGGUAGGAGUUUUACCGAAACAGAACACCAAGAAUUGCUGAAUAAUACAUCUGAAGUUGAAAGCUUUUCGAAACAAAACCUAGAUUCAAUAGAAUUGAAUAAGUUGAAAGACAAAAAUAUAGAUUCGGAAAUUCUGAAAAAUGAGGAGCUUCUUGACUCCGCGUCUAUCAAUUCAACAGACGCUGUCAUUGAGUCUAAUGUAAAUGGUGAUUCACAUGAUGUCAGAACGGACUUAGAAUCAAAUUCAAAAUUAGCUCAGUUUAUGCAAAGUUGUCAAGAAGGAUCAAUCGAUUUGGUAAAACAAUUAAUAGGGUCAAAAGAUGUUUCAGUAAACGAAACAUUUCAAGAUGGAAUAACUGGGUUGCAUUGGGCAUGUAUAAAUAAUAGACUAACGUUGGUGAAAUAUUUAAUUGAAAAUGGAGCCGAUCCGAAUCUUUAUGGUGGAGAAUUGAAAGCUACGCCACUACAUUGGGCAUGCAGAAAUGGAUUGGUCUACAUUGUUGACUAUUUGAUAUCUGAGUCUUCUGCUGAUCCGAAACUAAGAGAUAUACAGAAUUACGAUUCACUACAUUUAGCUGUUCAUAGUUCAAAUAUCAUGUUGGUGAUAUACCUACUAGUGUCUUGUUGUGAUACAAAUAAACUAUAUAUAGAUGAACCAGAUGGUUCAAAUAGAACCGCCUUGCAUUGGGCAUCUUAUCAAAAUGAUAUUUUUACAAUUAAUGCCUUGCUUAAAUUCGGUGCCGAUGUCACUAAGGUUGACGACAAUUUAUUUACACCCUUGCAUUGGUGUUUCAUGAGAGGUUAUAAAACAGUCAUGAAAACUUUAGUUGAAGCAGGAUCUGAUAUUUUUGUUAAGAACGAUCAAAACAAGGAUAGCUUUGAAGUAGCUCAAGAUAUGAAUUGUUUAACUACUUGGAAAAAAGUAUUAAUUGAAUGUGGUCGAGAUCCAAAAACUUGGAAGCCUAAAACAAAUAUAAUUCAACCCAAAAUGGGAAAGAUAUUAACGUUCCUUGCACCAUACAUUUUACUACCAAUUUCAUUGAAACUAUGCACAACUUCACAAUCUUUGGCAAUUCCUAAAUUAAUUUUUUCGUUAUCAUUUUUUGCAUUUGGAAUUUACCUUGUAAAUAAAAUCAUCAUUCCAACUUAUUUAAUAGACGAUAAACCGCUUCCCAAAUCUCCAAUCCUAGCUGGGGUGUUUUCUGCAACAGCUUUUUGGUGUAUAAUAGUAUGGGCAUACAACAUUGUUCCACGGUUGUUUUUCAGUAAUUUCAUUACCAACUUAUUACUCACGGUUGUGAUAGUUACAUUUGUAUGGUCAUUUUUCAAAGCGAUGUUCAUCAAUCCAGGUUUUGUACCAACUCCAACCGAUUCAUCAAUAAUUUUGUCCCAAAUUAAAGAUCUUAUAAACGUUGGUAAAUUUGAUACAGAUCAUUUUUGCGUGAACACUUUAAUUAAAAAACCUUUGAGGUCAAGAUAUUCAAGACACAACAAUAAAUUAGUAGCAAGAUUUGACCAUUAUUGUCCAUGGGUUUACAACGAGAUUGGUGUUAGAAAUCAUAAAUUAUUCAUAACUUUUGUAUAUUCAUUGAACGUUGCUAUAUUAUUAUUUACUUACUUGUCAAUACGAUAUUUUGACAAAUUGAAAGAUUCAUAUGACUCAGAUGAUGAAGAUGAGAGUUUAUUCUGUCAGAUGAUCGGUGAUGAUUUAUGUUUUGGGUAUAAGAAUCAUCCAUUUCAUUUCAAUUUAAUGGUAUGGUGUUUACUUCAAUAUAUUUGGAUUUUAAUAUUAUGUGUGGUUCAAACAUUUCAAAUCUUACGAGGUCUAACAACCUGGGAAUUCAGUUCAUUAAAUUCACAAAUAUCAAACAGUAGGCGUUUUAACCAUUCAACAGUUCCAAAUGAAGUUGUUGCAGAUUCAAUAACUCAACCACCAUCACAAAAGACAACAGAGUUACAAACUUGUUUAAAUUUAUUGGGAAUUGAUCAAUUUAUACUAACUGUUAAGAUGUCAAUUGCAUCACUUUUAAGACGAAAUAAUAAUGAAUCAACUGUUGACCCAUUACGUAUUGAAAUUCCAACUGAUUAUGGAUUUAAACAAAAUUGGUUAGAUUUUUGGAUUAUUGGAGAUGCUAAUUGGAGAAAUGUAUUCUAUUUACCGAUAGAAGGUGAAAAUAACCUAAACGGGCAAGUCGUCGAUUACUACAAGUUAUAUGAGUAUCCUCCCAAAAAGUCUACUCAAGUUGUAUAA